GCAUGGUUCAAGGCAUUUAUUUACCUGAUCUGAAAAUUCAUUUCUGUGAGGGUCUGUGACGCUAAAACAUGUGUUUUUGUAUGAAGUCCUUGUAGGAUACCAUAUUUGUAUAUAUUAUAAGUAUGGUCAACAUAAUGGAUACGAACUUGUACAGUAGCGAGAAUAAAUGCGCAUCGCCAAAUGACAUGAAUGGAAAAGGCGCAUUGGAAGUAACAAGUUUAGUACCGGAUGUAGCAGAGGAAGCCCACAACGAGGCAAGAAAGUACCCGGAUGUUCCGCCAUUGCGUUACGGUGUCGGGGAAAGUCCACCCAUAUUGUUGUCACUGAUUUUAGCCAUACAGAAUGUAAUGUUGUCCUUUGGGGGUAACUUGCUGAUUAGUGUCACAAUCGCAGACCUCGUCUGUGCAGAGAAGAACGACCCAAUCAGAGCUAAGCUUUUCUGCACGUCGGUUUUCGUGGUAGGAUUGACCACGGUCGUCCAGAGUGCUGUCGGCAUAAGACUUCCCAUGCUUCAAGGCGUUUCCGCUGCUUUCCUUGGGCCGUUGCUGGCCAUGAAAUCGUCUGGGGUAUGGUCAUGUGACAGCACCGGCGAGAUGGAUUCGGUUUCGAUGUCAACCAAUCAGACACUGCUUCAGAAUGUUACCAUGACGACAAAACAGGAAAUGGUUUACUACCGGGUUACGCAGCUUCAGGGAAGUUUGAUGGUUUCCGGUCUGGUAACAGAAGUAUUUCUUGGUGGGACUGGCCUUCUGGGAUACCUAGUAAAACUAGUUGGACCUAUAACAGUUUGUGUGACGGUUACUUCACUUGGAUUAUCUUUGUACCCAAUCCCUAUAUUCUACUGUAGCAAGUACCUUCCAGUGGCUGUUUGCGGUACUGUCAUGAUGAUUGUGUUUAUCAUGUAUCUUACACGAAUCUACGUCACGAUACCCACAAUGCGUUGCAACAGGAAUAAGGUUAUAGAGUCCAACAAAAACCCAAAACUGCCAUUUUUUCAGAUAUUUCCGCUUUUCAUCACUGUGGUGAUAACAUGGACACUGUGUGGGGUCCUGACCUUGGCAGGGGUUUUUCCCGAUGACCCAAGUGACCCUGCAUAUGGAGCCCGGACAGACGCACGUGGAGAUCUGAUAUCCAUGUCUCCGUGGCUCUUCUUCCCUUACCCAGGUCAGUUUGGUCCACCCCGUUUCAAUACAGCGAUUUUCAUUGGGUUUGUGAGUUCCUAUUUGUCCUCAAAUGUGGAAUCCAUAGGGGAUUACAUGAUUGUCUCCCGGGCCACAGGAACCUUUCCUCCACCCCGUCAUGCAAUCAACCGAGGGAUACUGACAGAGGGCGUUAUGGGGGUGGUGGCAGGGGCCCUGGGGGCCGGGCAUGCUACGACGUCAUACAGUGACAACGUUGUUAUCAUAAAGAUCACAGAAGUUGCUAGUCGGAGUGUCAUGAUUCUGGCCGGCUUCGUUUGCCUACUUUUCGGAGUUAUUGGUAAAUUUGGUGCAGUAAUGGCGUCAAUUCCGGAUCCGGUUAUGGGGGGAGUGACUAUAGUCUUAUUUGGAUUGCUGGUAUCCGUAGGGUUGUCAUCGCUACAAAGGGUAAACCUGUCAUCCACUCGUAAUCUUGCGGUACUGGGUACAUCAUUGUACACAGGCUUGGUCAUUUCCGAAUGGCUUAAACUCAACAAAGACAGCAUUGAUACGGGUAAUGCCUCCUUGGACCAGGUGCUGAAGCUGAUCUUCGGGACACAGAUGUUUGUGUCUGGAUUAACUUCCAUCAUACUGGAUAACACUGUUAGAGGAACCACAGAAGAGAGAGGAAUGGAUGAUAUGACGUCUUUUAAAACCGGAAACGGAAGUGACACUGAUACACACGACUCUGUGUACGAUGUUCCAGGAGUAUCACAAUUACAAAGAAAAAUCCCGCUUCUUCGACACAUUCCGUUUUUACAACCCUAUCGACUGGAAUAAACAUGGAUACAAACUCCUCUAAUUCAAACAUAAGCAUGCAGCGUGUUGGAAACAACAUGAAAUUUAGCCGUGAAAAAGGUCAUUGAUAUACAUGUAUAUGUACAAUGACGGAGACCCGGAUAUUCGAGAUAAUGGAAUACCAGCAUCUGGUUUCCGUUAUAAGGUUACAACAUUGGAGACUAGUUGCCAACAUAAAUUAGGUGUGCUAUUAUUUUGAUUACUACUUAAAAGGUAACAGAGAAGUUACAUGUUACCUUCGUUAUGUGGAUGUCGUCAAAAUUUCAAGAUUCCCGAGGUAUUCGACAAUCAAUUGACCAAAACACUUCACAAUAAGAGGAUUUUGAUAUUAUGUAAGAAAACCAUACAUUGCAAGCUUUCAUGAGAGAUAACAGAUAUGAAAUCAACAAAAUAUGAAUUAACAGCAGUUAUCUGAGUGGUAAAAUGAACGGGGCCAGAUCGGGAUUCGUACUAUGGUCAUCAUAUUGUUUUGAUAUCGCUCUAACCGAUUGAGCUGCCACAUCAACGAAAGUGACUUGGCCAAAACACACUACAGUUAUAACCAAACGUAUGUUAAGGGGAUGUUACUGCAUAUAGGAAUAACACAGUGCAGUGGGACAGGGAUCCUUAAAAUGAGUAGUGGCUCAAGACUAUAAUGUCCUUUGAUGUUGAUAUAUGGAAGAUUUGCUGAAACUCAAUGUGUUUUUGUGGUGAUAAAGUUCAGAAUUAUCGCUUAAGUUGACUUUGAUGUUUUCACAACCUAACUUCGUGUUUAAAAUGAGUUAUUUCCCUUUGUUACACCAAAGGGGUGCCAUCCUGGCAUAUCACUGACACGGAAUAAAGUUCUUGCUAGUUCGUUAACCCAAAGAUCAAUAGUAAUAAACAAAAGGGGUACUUUUUUUUCAAUUUUCUUACGUUAUUGAAGUUGAAUUUAUACGUUAGUUGUGCAUACUUAUUUUUACACUUCUGCAUCAAACUUAGUUUGUAUACUAGAAUUAAGUUGUCUAUCCGUCUUCAGACGUAUUUGGACAACUCCUACAAUUUUCAUCCGAAUUUGUCAAACUCCACUGAUGUAGUCACCACAAUCUAUAAUUAAAGUUGAAUUCUGGAUGAAGAAAAAUGAAGAAAAUGUCAUUUUCCAAGUAUAACAAUGCAAAAUAAACGAUUUUC